AUGGAAUUUAACGUCAAAGCUGCAUACCGCAAGAGCCGUGCGCCUUGGCAGCGUGCUCUGCAAGUUCACAAGACCGCAAAUCCUUAUGCUAAUGCCAAUACUUCCGUAGAAAAUGAUCUGUUACAGGUGCCCAGCAUGCCGUAUGGAAGUUCAACUGCGCAAGAUCCCGCUGCCACGGCUCGGAAAAACAACCGUCGGCUUAGUAUCCAUGCGUCAGCUUUGGCAGCUGCCUCGGGGCCGCAUAGGAAGUCGUUUUCGCAGGCGAAUGGCGCACCUCCUUUGCCUCAGCUUUCCAAGACCAUGACGAAUAAUUCAGGUGCGGUUCUGUUUGUGGAGGAAAAAGAGGAAAAUUCGGAAGAGCAGUUAUACAAAAUUCUUGGAAGCGGUACAGCAAAGGAAAUUGAUGACUUUCAUAAGAUUCUUAAGCAGAAAAAGGCAGUGUUAACGAAGGAAAUUAAGAACAAUAUCAAUCAGAACCAACGCUACAUUUUAGAACUCACGAACGACCUCAAGGACACCAAGGAGGAGCUUUUGCAAUUACGAGUCACGACCAAGGAACUAUAUGAAAUCCUUGACGAUUUUAAGGAAGCAGCAGAACGUCGAAUAGAAUUGGAACACGAGGUGCCAGCUCCAUCGGCGUCUUCAAACAGUACCAUUUCAGCAGCUUCCUCGAAGGGCUUACUGGUUAUGUCUCGUAGAAAAGAUCGUUCCUCUAUCAUGGUGUUGGAAAAAAUGUGGAAAAAUGAACUCAGAUCGCUUUUCAAGCAUGUUGAGGGUGCCUCAAAAUUCAUCCAACCUCUUCCUGGCCGUCAUGUUCUCACCGAAAGUGGGAGGUGGCAUGAGAUCAAUGUAGGUAAUUGGAAGCCCACAAAGACAGUACACAUAGUCGUGCUUAAUGACCUCAUAUUGAUAGCGACGAAGAAGACAUCUGCCAUGCAAGAGGGCUCAAGUACUAAAACAAGAUUACAAGCUACUCAUUGCUGGCCAUUAAACGAAGUCAGUAUGACGGAAGUUUCAAAACCUUCGUCGCAUCGUGGCGAAAAGGACGAUAAAAAGGUUUAUUUGGUCAACGUGAAAGCAAAAUCACUCAGUUAUGUAUUUCAAACCGAUCGUUUCGACCACUUCAAGAAGAUAAUAGAGGCUCACAAUAAAGGCAAGAAAGAGUUGCUUCAACGAGAUCGGGUGCUUGAUAGCAGAAGGUCCAUCGAUUUAGAUGGAGAGGUUGAUCACGAUGAAGAGAAAAGACAGUUGAGAGAUUCAUUUAAACAUUAUGAAAGCGCCGAGAGUAUCGACGAAAAGACCAAACGACGCAGUUCGCAAAGGCAGAGUAUGGAUGUCGUUUUGCAGGAUAUCAGUUCGCGUGUACAUUCGAGAAACCGUUCUCUUGAUUUCAACAAGAUCCACAAUAAGGACACAGAAAAAAUCCAAUAUUUUAACGAAUUGAAGAAAAUCGAAGACAAGUUGGACGAGAUCGACAUUGAAGUGGCGCAUAACAAAUACACAGAAUCAGUUGGCUUAAUUCGCCAUAUUGAGCAGAAGUUGGUCAGUGUUGAAAACAGCAUCAACUCCAAGACAAAUGCUGAAGCCAAAGCCUCUGCAGAUGAACUUCGUCUUCUUAUUGACGUUAUUAAGAUCAAAAUUGACAACAGAAAAGUCAAUGUUCAGCGAUGCCUUGCUUUCGAUUUGAAUCAUAAUAUUUCGCGGCUUGGUCAAAACGAUAUUGGGCAAAUAAUCGAAUUAUUUGCCAGUUUUGACGAGCUUGACCAAGGAGUCAAUCUUUACUUGCAGGCAAUGUCAUCUUACCUUUCGACCAACGUAUCGCGGUCGAUAGUUGGUGUACAAGGCUCCACUAAACUAGACAUUGUAAACUAUUUGUCAAACUUGGUUAUCAUCUACUCGUCGGUUUUAAAACGGGUGGUGACCAACUACGAACAAAGCAUCGUGCCAAUCAUAAGAAAGGAUAAGCAAGGAAAAGUUGACUCUAGUAUAGUGAUCGACUGGUGUAUUGAAGAAGUCUCGAGAUUAGUGGAUAUUGUGAAGAAACAUCUUUAUGGAAACUUAUUGGCCCAUGAGAAGACUGACUUGGAAACAGAGGAGAAAAUCUACAAGGUGAAAGAUACAGAGUUGUUUGAUAAGUUUCUUGGUGUUUUGCAGCCACAAUUGAGCCAACUAAAAGAUGUUGGUGUCAAUAUCGAUUUUCUCUUUGACGAUGUUUUGGAAUGCAUUGAAAGGUAA